UGAGCCUGGAGAUGAGGGUCGGUAUAGCUCCAGGAUGGUGAAGUUCAUGACACUUGGGCAGAAGCUGCCACUGCAGGACCUGGUGGCUGGAGACGAGUGAUGGUACCGUCCGAGCACCUGCUGGAAACGGGGCAGGAGGAACAGUAACCCCAGGGAGCACAGCUGGUGCCAGGAGACAGGCAUGCCACCCCUGGAGGCCCCGGCCUCCCUGCCGCCAGGGUGCUAGGAGCCAUCCCUGGGCUCCAGCCAGGAGCCCUGCCGCCCAGGGGCAUGGCCAAACCUUUCUUCCGACUCCAGAAGUUUCUCCGCCGAACGCAGUUCCUGCUGUUCUUCCUCACGGCCGCCUACUUGAUGACCGGCAGCCUGCUGCUGCUGCAGCGGGCCCGAGUGGCCCUCCCGCAGGGCCCCCGGGCGCCCAGCCCCCUGCAGGCCUUGCCCGUGGCCGCCAUGGCGCUGGGCGUGGGCCUGCUGGACAGCAGAGCCCUGCACGACCGGCGGGUCAGCCCAGAGCUGCUGCUCGGAGUGGACGUGCUGCAGAGCCCCCUGGCCCGGCCCCGGCCCGGCCCCCGCUGGCUCCGGAGCCGCAACUCGGAGCUGCGCCAGCUGCGGCGCCGCUGGUUCCGCCGCUUCAUGGGUGACCCCCAGGGGCCGCCCGCCCUGGGCCCCGAGGCCCCCAGGCCGGCCGGCAGCAGCCGAGGCACCUACGUUGGAUGCUUCAGUGACGACGGCCAAGAGAGAACUCUGAAGGGGGCUGUGUUUUAUGACCUGAGAAAGAUGACCGUCCCCCACUGCCAGGAUGCAUGUGCUGAGCGGUCCUACGUCUACGCGGGCUUGGAGGCCGGGGCCGAGUGCUACUGCGGGAACCGGCUCCCAGCGAUGAGCGUCGGGCCGGAGGAGUGUAACCAUGAGUGCAAGGGGGAGAAGGGUUCCGCGUGCGGCGGCCUUGGCCGGCUCUCCGUGUACCGCGUGCAGGAGCUGCAGCCGGGCUCCAGGAGGCGGAGGACCGUCAUGAGCCGAGGGUGCUUCAGACUGCCAGAGAACGUCACGCACGCCUUCCCCGACUCCCUGGUACAGGCCAACGUGACGGUGGAGACAUGCUCAGGAUUUUGUUCCCAGAAAGAGUUCCCCUUGGCUGUCCUCAGGGGCUGGGAGUGCUACUGUGCUUACCCUACUCCCCAGUUCAACCUACGGGAUGCCGUGGACGGCGCACUGUGUGGCCAGGAGCCCGAGGCGCAGAGGCUGGCGGAGUACUGCGAGGUCUACCAGACGCCUGUGCAAGACACUCGGUGCACAGACAGGAGGUUCCUGCCCACCAAGUCCAAAGUGUUUGUGGCUUUGUCGAGCUUCCCGGGAGCCGGGAACACAUGGGCGCGGCACCUCAUUGAGCAUGCCACUGGCUUCUACACAGGGAGCUACUACUUUGAUGGGACGCUCUACAACAAAGGGUUCAAGGGCGAGAAGGAUCACUGGCGGAGCCGGCGCACCAUCUGCGUGAAGACCCACGAGAGCGGCAGGAGGGAGAUCGAGAUGUUCGACUCGGCCAUCCUGCUGAUCCGGAACCCGUACAGGUCCCUGGUGGCCGAAUUCAACAGGAAAUGCGCCGGGCACCUGGGCUACGCGGCCGACCGCAACUGGAAGAGCAAAGAGUGGCCCGACUUCGUCAACAGCUACGCGUCGUGGUGGUCCUCGCACGUCCUGGACUGGCUCCGCUACGGCAAGCGGCUGCUGGUGGUGCACUACGAGGAGCUGCGGCGCAGCCUGGUGCCCACGCUGCGGCAGAUGGUGGCCUUCCUCAACGUGUCGGUGAGCGAGGAGCGGCUGCUCUGCGUGGAGAACAACAAGGAGGGCAGCUUCCGGCGGCGCGGCCGGCGCCCCCACGACCCCGAGCCCUUCACCCCGGAGAUGAAGGACCUCAUCAAUGGCUACAUCCGGACAGUGGACAAGGCCCUGCGCGACCACAACUGGGCCGGGCUGCCCAGAGAGUAUGUGCCCAGAUGAUAGGCCCCGGCCCGCUCUGCUCGCCCCGCCUAGAGCCGGCCGCCCCCCGGGCUGCGCGCAUGCUCACUGGGAGGCACGGCUCCUCGCGCCGCCAGCAGGGAGGCCUGUCCGCGUGCUGCCUCCCUCCUGCGCAGGGAGGCCCGGACGGAAGCCCUUAGGCCAUCUAGGCAGACACGAUGUCACAGGACAGACACCCACAAGCUCUCACAGACGCGCUUAGACCGGCCGCUCUCAGCUCACAGUGCCUGUCUUGAUGCACCUAAGCCACCACGCAGGGUGUACCAGACGC